AGCGGCCAACAUUGUCCUUUUCCUUUUUGUAUUCCUUUUGUUGUGUAUGCGUUCCACGUCAGAUGAAGCUCCUCCCCUCUCCGUCUCAUGUUUUUCCGUUUAUAUUUUGGCAACUCGGCGUGUUUUUGUUUGCUGCAGAUUGAUAGUCCCGCUUUGCCGUCGUCUUUAGUCUUUUUAGUUUAUCAAAUAAACCAGCCAACCCCCGGCGGAGGCCGCCGGGGAGGGAGGCUGUUCGGGGGAGGUGUUCCAACGGGGAAGGCAAUGCCAAGGGUGGCGCGCCGCUGCACAGCCAAAAAAGCAGGCGGGGCCGCGCCGGUCUGACGGGGUUGGCCCAGAAAGCGCAGCGCACACACGCAGCGAUACCUCCGCGGCCUGCGUUCUUUGUUUCCGAAAAAAGCAGCGCCCGGGGCCGGAGGUUGUUGGCCUUUCUUGGAGGGGGAGUUUGUUGCAGGUGUGCACCCUGAACAGGAGGAAUGCCGCAUCUAAAAGGUGGCGAGCUGGAAUCCUGUUAGGCAGCGAGCACGCGGCGGGGCUUGCAUGUGCUUGCGAAGGCUAAUGCGCUAUGCUUGCGCCGGGAGACAACGGGCAGAGAAAAACUUUCGCUACUUUGGUCGCAACCACUUUCGCGACGCUACAAAGACGCGACACCUGGCGCCCGCGCGCGGGCACUGUGUGAAGUUGCGGCCACCCUAGGUGGCCGCCUACGUUAAGGCGUGGCGCCGCGCCCCCCCCGGGGGACGCAGAGCGGCGCAUGCACUUUGAACUGCCGCCCUGGUAUGCCCUGGAGUCAAAAAAGAAAAACUUGCAGAGGAGACCUUAACUUUUAGGCCCUAGCUUUGUUUAUUCUUAUUCUAAGACACAGGCACUGCGCGCAGGCGGGCGAGCUUCACUGUGCGGGCGGUUCUGGUAGAGGGUCCCGGAGAGGGUCCGGGAGAGGUUCGGAGAGGGUCCGGGAGAGGUUCGGAGAGGGUCCGGGAGAGGGUCCAAGAGGUCCCGAGAGGGUCCGCCGAGAGGUAAAAUAGAGGCUCCCGGAGGGGGUCGCGGUAGAGGGUCGCUUAGAGGGUCGCCCUAUAUUGUGGAACCUCUCCGACCCUCUACACCCUCUCCCCCCACCCUCUAUUUGACCUCUACUCAACCUCUACCGACCCUCUGCGCGCGUAUAGCGCCGCUAUACGGGUCCCUAUACUGCGCACCCUCUCCCGACCCUCUCCGUACCCUCUCCCUUUACCUCUCCCCGACCCUCUUGUUUUUGUCGACCCUCUACUUUACCUCUCCGACCCUCUGUCUAACCUCUACGAAACCUCUCCCCAACCUCUACCGUACCCUCUCCGGCCCCAAAGUUUGCCUUAUAUAAAUAUAUUAAUCAACUAUAAUGAUAAACAUAAUCGCUUCUCUAUAGAAACCUCAAAUAUGUCAGAAGCCACGGGCUGCUUCGGCGGCAUCUUUCGUUUCUCGAAGAUUUUGCGUGGUAUGGGCCACAACCACAGUAACGGGGGGAACAGUAACGCCAAGGUCUGUCCGGCGCAGUGUAAUGGGCGCUUCACGAAAAACUACACGCCACGGCAGGAGCGCGGUGCGGUCUACAAGGGCUUUCACCACAACACGCCGAACGCCAAGCACAACGCGCUGGCCUACUACCAGCACGUGCACGACAUCAGCCGGCGCGACACGAUUGUGAACGCGACGGCGAAAGUGAAGCGGUGUUCGCUUUGGUACAAUUUGCUGUCCAAGGGGAAACUGCUCACCAACGAGGUGGACUUUCGGACGAAGCAGAGGCGGGAGAAAAAGUUUCUGGAACACGGCCGGCUGGAGGAUUUAGUUUUCUCACAUGAUGAUCAUGACGGGCUUGAUAACAGUUCUUCUCCUAUUUUGGGAUUAGAGGGUGAACCACGUGAAGACGGCUCCUACGACGGAAACUUUCGCGGAAGAGUUGGGAUCGGUGACGCCGAAGGCGCAGGACCAGGAAAUAGAAUUGCCUGCACGAGUAGAUUGCUGAAUUUGAUUUCUACCAGCGGUCCGUUCACGAUGUUUGUGCCCAAUAACGAGGCGAUUGCGAAAAUUGGGAAAAAUUCGUGGCAGACCAUGCGCGACAACCCGGAUUUGUUGCUGCGAUUUCUGAAGCGACACCUCGUGUUGGGAAAGUUCGACAUUCCAGAGCUGGUGAACUCGUACAACGCCGUCGCGACCUUGGCGGAGAAUGGGGCCGCAUCAAUUUCUGCGACUGACAACGAUGGUCCUGCGUUGGGGAAUAGAAACUUUAACUUACCGAGCGACAAACAAGGCAAAAAUCGACGCUGGUGGGGAGAUUAUUACGCCGAACAGCGAUCCCAGGAUCAGGAACUCGAAAACGAGCUAACUGACCCGAACCCGAAGACGCAGAAGGCCGCACGGAAGAAACUUGCACUUCUGAACUAUUUAGAGGAUCUGAAACGGGAGAAGCGGAUGCAGGAGGUAUGCAUCGGAAAUAUGUUUGGGUGGUCUGGAAGGAUGGAAGUUUGUCAUGCUCUGCUAGCAUGGUCAGCUCCGGGUCCGGACCUGAUUCUCAAGUCUAUCAUGUAGGUUAGUACCAAAGAGCCACGGCUUAUUUCUGUCAUGCAAAAACGCAGAAGUUUGUCAUGCUGGAUAUUAGACGACACCUAGCAAGAACCCAGAAUCUUGUCACGCCGAGCCGUCACUUGUGGCAUCCUGCUCAUGAUUUUUCCACUCAGCAUCAUGAGUUUACUCCGGGCCCAGACAUGUUUGCACUGGAUAGGAGGAGCACGAAGACAACUCCAGCUCGUUCUUCGAUGGACAAAAAGAACAGCUUCUUGCGCUCAACAAAAACAACUACUUUGGAGACGACUCUCGCAGUGGUGGCCACGAUGAUCACGCGACGUUUCAGUGUCUCUCUUCGGAGCCGGUUUCGUACGUCUACCCCGAGCGCGCGCUGAUGGACGGCUACAUAGAGGAUUGCUACGAGAAGCACUUUAUCAAAUGCAAAUGUGUCUGGGUCUGGAAACUUGUGAUGCAAGUCCGUGAGGAGCAAUAAGUGCUCUGCAAUGCGCCGCCAAGCAUGACAAGUUUUUUUGUGCGUCUGUGCUGCGUAUUUCGCAUGAGAAGCUGCGCAUUUGCAUUACCGGCAAGCGGACCUCUACUUGGUGGCCACACAAUACAGGGCGCAGAGUCAUGAACAUGAUGCCAGACUAACAUGACAAAUCUCGCAUCAAUCUUCCAGAUCCAGACGUGUUUGUAUUUGAUACACUUUCGCACGGCACGCACCGGGUACCGGUUACCGGAGUACGUGGGUCAGAUCCCCAGUACAGAGCUGUCGUCGGUGCAAAAGAACCUGUUAACGGAAUCCAUGCAGCGGGCCAGCAUCAGCGAGCAGACGGAGCAGAUGGCAAGGGAAAAAAUGGGGCUGGCAGGUGGAGAUGUUGUUGCACCAGGAGAGCUGCAAGAAGAACCAGGCGGUCCAGCUGCAGGACAAAUAGGUGCACCGGGUGGAGGCGGCGGACCCCUGCGGGCACGUGGACUACACACGACCGUAUGAGAGUGCACAAGUCCCGCUCCUCCCACUCAUUUCUAUGGCAUGAACAGCAACACAAAGACCAAUACUUGUGGAUGCUGCGCAUUACAAGCUCACGCGUUGAGUGCAGUGCUGCAUGCGCUUGGGUUUGCAGACUUUGUAAUGCAAGCAGCGCCACAAGGACAAGGCAGCAAUUGGAUUUGAUGGGAUUUUGCAUUACAAAUGAGGGGGAGGGUGAGUUGUGCACUCGCACAGACCGAGCAGUCAGAACAGCCCCAAAUCGACCCCUACCAGCUGGUCGCGAACCAGUCCGCGAGCGAAGUGCAGUACGCGCUGCUGGAGGGCCGGUUUCGCCGGCAUCUCCCCUACGGCAUCAACGAGAGCACGUUCGGCGGGGCAGAACUGCGGACGUUGGAAAAUCCCCGGAAAAAUAUCCUGAGCGAAAACGUCCCCGCCCCAUAGUCAAGUUGCUCUAUCUGCAACACAAAUCUCCAAGCUUUGGGCGUUGUGCAUGACAAGUUCCCAUCUGCAGUGUAGUGCUUGUUAGCAAGGGCAGCCGCAUGAGAAAGCUAGCUUGCCAUCCGGUUUACAGCACUACAAAGUCCAAAACACGAUCGGAAAUGCCCGUAAUGGAGAUGCGCAUUACAAAUGUUCCUGUAAUUGCGCAUUUGCAUUACAACUAUGGGGUGGGGACGUUUUUACAUAGGAUAAAAAAACUCGACGUGUUUGUGAAGCACUGCCUCGAGGACCAGUACUUUUACGGCCUGGACCGGAAGGUCGCCGUGGGGAACCGGAGCUGCAACAUCGUGCGAACCGUGCGCUGUUGGAACGGGAUCAUUCACGAGAUUGACGGUGUGUUUACCAGUUCAUAGAUACAAUUCAUUUCCUGGUGUUGCUCCUCAUUGUGACUGACGACCCUCGAUCAUGUUGAUGCGGACGAUGAAUUUUUGGUGAAUCCUGAUGUCUGUGUCUACAUUUUUUGCGUAAAAGAAGUGAAGGAGUGUGCGGACAUGAAUCUUCUUGAUGAGGUGCAGCAUGCAAGUGAAAGUGAAACUCAACUCUACCACAGCCGUUUACAUUAAGCACCAGGAAAAUGAUAUUAGUAUUUUGUUAGCAGGGGCUGUUCGUGCCUUCAAUUGUAUGUCCCUGACGCAAAAGGUCCUUUGUCCUGACGCUCCUCGUGAUCGAAUCGCAUUUGCCAUGCUGUUUAUGAAAUAAAG